AUGGCUGCGCAUGUGCCAGCUCUCCGGCCGCUGGCCAGCUUGAGGCCGAGCAGUAAAUUGCUCUGCCGUCCGCAGACCGCCAUGCUCACAGUCACCACGAAAUGGACGCCGCGACCCAAGCCAAAACCUUUUCCUGAGGAAUUGCCCCAACAAUUCUGGUCACAACUUCCUGAAAGAUUUCGACCGCAAGAAAAAAAGGAAAUGAAAAUCUUCCCCCCACCACCCUCCAAAGCAAACAUAUGCAGCGAACCCGUCGCCGCCAUCGCAAAUGCACAACUGGCUGUCCUCGAUCCAACAGGCGACCGCAUGGCGCUGUUCGACUACCGACGAAGCGCCCGCAGCGUCAAACCAGGCGACAUCAUCCGCGUGACGUUCAAGAGCGGCGAUCCAUUUUCAGGCGUUGUGUUGGCUAUUCGAUCCCGGGGUGUUGAUACUUCAGUUCUACUGCGGAAUCAAUUAACCAGGGUUGGCGUGGAGAUGUCGAUCAAGGUUUUCAGUCCGAAUGUCGAGGGCGUGGAGAUUGUGCAGAGGACGGAAAAGAGGAAGAGGAGGGCGAGGUUGUAUUACAUGCGGCAACCUAAGCAUGAUAUGGGCAGUGUGGAGAAUAUUGUUAAGAAUUACCUACGGCAGAAAUCUGCCAUGGCUGGUCGGGCAUAG